CAUUAAAAAUGACGAAACUAAUUAUUUAAAAGAAGAAACUUCAAUGAACUCAAAAGGGACACCUCAACCGUAUUCAACUUUGAAAUCUUCAGAAGUUACGACAAUUCAACGGAAAGAAAUAUAUAUUACAUGUGUCAUCCCCACUCAAAAACGCGCGGUUAUUUACCCUUAUGAUGGAUUGUUAGGUCACUUUAAAUUUUACCUAAAACAAAGAUUCGGAUGGAAAUGGGAAAGAAUGUGGUAUAAAAAUGAGGGAAGUGAGAGAGCGUGGACCUUAUUGAACGAUGAGGACAAGUGGAAACAAAUUAAACAACGUGUUCAACAUAGAAAAUUGCCGAGGUUGGAA